AUGGCAACAACCAAAUAUGUCACAUUAACAGUAUAUAAUUGGUUAAUGAAAAGGCAAAAAGAGGAAGAGGCGAGAAAAUUAGUUUAAAGGCUGCUAAUAUUAAUUAUGCUAAUUGCAAUGCUUGGUUAGAUGGUUAUACAGGAGCAAGUAGUGCAUGUGAAGUAAUUCUUCAUCUUGAAUUAGUUCAUACACUGA